AUGAAGCAUUGUGUGAAGUGCCAUGAAGAUGAGUAUCCAAAUAAGGAAAGAAAUCGAUGCCUCCCCAAGGUUGUGACUUUCCUGGAUGUUUCAGACCCAUUGGGGCUGCCUCUGAUCUGUGUGGCUCUUUCCUUCUCUCUAAUGACAGUUCUGGUUCUUUGGAUAUUUUUGAAGUUUCAAUACACCCCCAUAGUCAAAGCCAAUAACAGGGCUCUGAGCUACACUCUGCUCAUCUCCCUCAAUUUCUGUUUCCUCUGUUCCUUGCUCUUUAUUGGCCGUCCUUCAUCAGUCACCUGCCUCCUCAGACAAACUACUUUUGGGAUUGUGUUCACUGUAGCUGUGUCCUCCAUUUUGGCCAAAACCAUCAUGGUAGUCCUGGCUUUCAGGCUUACAAUACCAGGGAGCAGGGGGAGAAUGUGGGUGCAAUCCAGAGUGUCCAACUGUGUUGUCAUUAUCUGUUCUGGAAUUCAAGUGAUUAUCUGUGGUGUCUGGUUGGGAAUCUCUCCUCCUUUCCCAGACAUAGAUACACACUCUGAACCAGAUCAGAUCAUCAUUGGGUGCAAUGAGGGUUCUGUUAUUGCCUUCUAUUCUGUCCUGGGCUACAUAGGAUUCCUAGCCCUGUGCAGCUUCAUAAUGGCUUUCCUGGCCAGGAACCUGCCUGACACCUUCAAUGAGGCCAAGUUCAUCACCUUCAGCAUGUUGGUGUUCUGCAGUGUGUGGGUCUCCUUCUUGCCCACCUACCAGAGCACGAAGGGGAAGGCCAUGGUGGUGGUGGAGAUCUUCUCCAUUCUGGCAUCUAGUGCUGGAUUGUUGAGCUGCAUCUUUAUUCCCAAAUGUUAUGUAAUCCUGCUGAAGCCCAAUAGAAAUAUCCAGGAAAAGAUAAAGAAUAAAGUAGAUCAUAGAGAGAGGAAUUCUUCUGGAUCAUUGCCUGCUCAUUCCCACCAGAAGUUUAAUCAGUUUUGA